AUGGCACCGACUGAGCAAGCCAUCCUCAGCAAUUACCUCCUCACGCCAGCCCAGCUUCCCGGAAUCAUCUCAUUACAAGAAUUUAUCGCCCUAUUCCCACGGCCAUUACAGUCGUCCCCCAAAAUUCGGAGUCUGUACCGCGAUCUACAAGGCCAACGCAAUGCUGUGGUAGAUGCUGUAGCCGAGGAGGUCGAGGAGGAGGCCAAGCAUGGCAAAGCAAUGCGGCGAGCUGUGAUCAGGGCAAAACGGGAGGCCGAGGCGCAGGAGCAGGAUGAUGAAGUGGAUAUUGAGAGAAUGCUGGGAAACUGGUCAGAACCACAAAACGACAAACACACACUUUCCACAAUCCUCCCCGAGAUGGAGGCCGCGAUAAGUGCGCUGGAAGCCGAACUGCAAUUACUAGAGGAGGAAGAGGCAUCGCUGCUCGCUUCAGUUCGGCAAACGGUUGAUGCAUUGAGUGACUUACGGUAUGGACGACUGGCUAAUGGCCAGCUGCCUGAGCAAGUCCUCGAUGGGCUGGGGAACUUAGAAGCGAUUUGUCGGGCCAAUAAUAACUGA